ACAAAAAGAACAGCCCCCCCUGAUAUUUAGAGGAAAGAGUGUUGUACUCUUCAUCAACCGGAGUCAUAGGUGUGUCACAAUUUUGGUAAAACCAUUUUCUCCUAUAUCCCACUCCUCUUUCUUCUUUCUUCUUUCUUCUCACCCCCGAUCUAUUAAGAAAACACCCUUCACACCUACUGCCUAUCUACUUCGCUCUUUACCCAGAUCUUCAAUCCCACUAAAAUUCUUGAUUCAAUUUCCCAGUUGAGCAGCAGCUUUUAGCUGAGAUUGAGUAUUUAUUAAGUGUAUGUUAGAACUUGUGUACAUAUGAAAGAGUGACGAAUUGGGUUUAGGAAAUUUUUUGAUGGAUACACAAAGCUGGAAAGAUGUGUACAGGGGCAUGUCAUCCGAUAACAUCAAGGGGUUGGUUCUUGCUUUGUCAUCAAGCGUAUUCAUCGGUGCUAGCUUCAUUGUUAAGAAAAAGGGGUUAAAGAAAGCUGGUGCUUCUGGUGUCAGAGCUGGAGUUGGAGGAUAUUCAUACCUAUAUGAGCCUCUUUGGUGGGUCGGCAUGAUAACAAUGAUUGUUGGGGAGGUAGCUAAUUUUGCAGCUUAUGCAUUUGCCCCUGCUAUUUUAGUCACUCCUCUUGGUGCACUCAGUAUUAUAAUCAGUGCUGUGCUCGCACACAUUAUUUUGAGAGAGAAGCUACACACAUUUGGAAUUUUAGGUUGUGCUUUAUGUGUUGUUGGGUCCACCACGAUAGUGUUGCAUGCUCCACAAGAACGUGAGAUUCUAUCUGUGACGGAAGUGUGGGAUCUUGCUACUGAACCAGCUUUUCUCCUCUACGCAGUGGUGGUGAUAAUAACUGUCCUAAUUCUUAUAUUCCACUAUCUUCCACAGUAUGGGCAGACACACAUUAUGUUUUAUAUCGGAGUGUGUUCACUAAUGGGUUCUUUAUCGGUUAUGAGUGUCAAAGCACUUGGAAUUGCUUUGAAGCUGACAUUAUCAGGAACAAAUCAGCUAAUAUAUCCACAGACUUGGGCUUUUACUUUGAUUGUCAUUGUGUGCAUUCUUACCCAAAUGAAUUAUUUAAAUAAGGCCCUGGACACAUUCAAUACAGCAGUUGUCUCUCCUAUAUACUAUGUCAUGUUUACCUCUUUGACCAUUUUAGCCAGUGUAAUUAUGUUCAAGGACUGGGAUAGGCAAAAUCCAACACAAAUUGUAACAGAAAUGUGUGGAUUUGUGACAAUUCUUUCUGGGACUUUUCUUCUUCACAAAACCAAAGACAUGGUUGAUGGUCCUGCCAUGCUGCCUGUGCGACUUCCCAAGCACGGUGACGAGGAGAAUGGUUUUGGACAAGAGGGUAUCCCCUUGAGGCGGCAAGAUUCCUUGAGAUUACCAUAAUCUGCACCAUUCUCGUAACUUUUAUUUCUCAGAAGAGACCACACUCAGAUUGUAUACUACUGGGGCACUGUUUUGUCAUAUUCAGCGAGGGAAAUGAAGGAAGAGCCUUUUCACACUGUCUUGGAACCAUGGAAAUACCAGAAAUUUGUUCAUGUAAUUGCAAAGCCUGUAGUUAAUCACACAUGGUCAGUUCCCAAUGAAUUUCCUAGCAGAUUUGGUUCCACGAGAACUAUUGUGACAUACCUGUAAAAAUUAUGAGUAUAUUUGAUUAAUCAACAAGAACCAGAUCUGUUUGGUUUUGGUACGACCCAUCGUCCAUUCACACGUAUCAAACUAAGCUAGUUUGGCAUUUGUAUUAACGGAAUUGGUUCUCACUUUGUAAUAGAGCAGGCAAAACUAGUCCUAUGCA